GAGAUUCUUGGCAGUGGGAUCAGCGUUCAUCACUCAUAGGUUAUUGUUGAGCAGAGAAAUAAUUACGCCACAGACGAAGAGGACGUGUGAGAGGCAGGCAAACCAGCACCAACUACCACCAUGGCGACGAGAACACCCAUAAUAACCCUCGAGGAGCACUUUAUGUCCGAAGCUGCCGAGGCCAACCCGCACGCGGCAGAUGAAGCACUCAAGAAAAUCCCGGGGCUCUGGGACAAAUUCACCGAGCUCGGUCCGCUGCGCCUCAAGGACAUGGACGCGGGCCAAGUCACCCUCCAAGUGAUCUCCCACGGGCCAGGAGACCUGACACCCGACCAAUGCCGCGCCGCCAACGCCCAGCUCGCCCAGGCGGUCCAGACACACCCGGAACGCUUCGCUGGUUUUGCCGCGCUGCCGAUGGGGCACCCGGCUGAGGCGGCGACAGAGCUGCGGCGCACGUGCUCCGAGGCCAAGUUCCUGGGCGCUCUCGUCGACAGCCACACCGAGUCCGGAACGUACUACGAGGGCCCCGAGUAUGAUGCGCUGUGGCAGGCGGCGUGUGAGCUGGAUGUGCCGAUUUACAUACACCCAACCUGGCCCUCGGAGCGCCAGUCCAGCACUUACAGAUCGAAGGCAAUCCCGGACCAAGUGUCUGCAGCGAUAUCCGCGUUCGCGUUUGGCUGGCAUAGCGACGUCGCGGUACAUGUGCUGCGGCUGUACGCCGGCGGGGUCUUUGACCGGUUUCCAAUGCUGAAAAUCGUAAUCGGCCACUUUGGCGAGAUGGUGCCUUUCAUGCUCCAGCGAAUAGAGCGAAUAUCAAGCCGAUUUGGAAGGACCCGAUCGUUUCGGGAUGUCUGGGAUCAGAAUAUGUGGCUUACGACAAGCGGGAACUGGGCCUUGGAUCCCUUGGCAUGUAUCUUGCGGAACACUAAGAAGGACAGGAUCAUGUACAGCGUGGACUAUCCGUUUGCGAGCAGCGAAGAUGGGCUCAAGUGGCUCGAAGAGCUUGAAGGAAGCGGGUUGGUGAGUAAGGAGGAGCUGGAAGGAAUACGGUGGAAGAACGCAGCAAGGCUGUUGAAAAUUGAGGUGGAGGCUUGA